AUGACAGAUCCACUACCGCUUACUACGGACCCAGUACCGCUAAUGACAGACCCAGUACCGCUUACUAUAGACCCAGUACCGCUAAUGACAGACACUGUACCGCUUACUAUAGACCCAGUACCGCUAAUGACAGACACAGUAUCGCUUACUAUAGACCCAGUACCGCUAAUGACAGACCCAGUACCGCUUACUACGGACCCAGUACCGCUAAUGACGGACCCAGUAUCGCUUACUACGUACCCAGUACCGCUAAUGACGAACCCAGUACCGCUUACUACGGACCCAGUACCGCUUACUACGGACCCAGUACCGCUUACUACGGACCCAGUACCGCUUACGACGGACCCAGUACCGCUUACGACGGACCCAGUACCGCUUACGACGGGCCCAGUACCGCUUACGACGGGCCCAGUAUCGCUUAAAAUGGACCCAGUACCGCUUACGACGGACCCAGUACCGCUUACUACGGACCUAGUACCGCUAAUGACGGACCCAGUACCGCUAACGACGGACCCAGUACCGCUAAUGACGGGCCCAGUACUGCUUACUACGGACCCAGUACCGCUUACUACGGACCCAGUACCGCUUACUACGGACCCAUUACCGCUAACGAUGGACCCAGUACCGCUAAUGACGGGCCCAGUACUGAUUACUACGGACCCAGUAUCGCUAAUGACGGACCCAGUAUCGCUUACUACGGACCCAGUACCGCUAAUGACAGACCCAGUACCGCUUACUACGGACCCAGUACCGCUUACUACGGGCCCAGUACCGCUUACGACGGGCCCAGUAUCGCUUAAAAUGGACCCAGUACCGCUUACGACGGACCCAGUACCGCUUACUACGGACCUAGUACCGCUAAUGACGGACCUAGUACCGCUAAUGACGGACCCAGUACCGCUAAUGACGGGCCCAGUACUGCUUACUACGGACCCAGUACCGCUUACUACGGACCCAGUACCGCUUACUACGGACCCAGUACCGCUAACGAUGGACCCAGUACCGCUAAUGACGGGCCCAGUACUGAUUACUACGGACCCAGUAUCGCUUACUACGGACCCAGUACAGCUAACGACGGACCCAGUAACGCUAAUGACGGGCCCAGUACUGCUUACUACGGACCCAGUACCGCUUACUACGGACCCAGUACCGCUUACUACGGACCCAGUACCGCUAACGAUGGACCCAGUACCGCUAAUGACGGGCCCAGUACUGAUUACUACGGACCCAGUAUCGCUUACUACGGACCCAGUACCGCUAACGACGGACCCAGUACCGCUAAUGACGGGCCCAGUACUGCUUACUACGGACCCAGUACCGCUUACUACGGACCCAGUACCGCUUACGACGGGCCCAGUUCUGCUAAUGACGGACCCAGUACCGCUUACUACGGACCCAAAUCAUCCCCUGUUUAAAUAUUAA